UGCGAGCACCAAAAAUGAUCAAGAGUAAUUGAGUGAGCCAGAUAUAUACAAAAAUAUGAAUACGCGCGGGCAUCUGCAAAUACUCUGUGCUUUGUUUUUGGCUUUCUGUAACGAAUUUGCUUAUGGUCGUGACGAGAUUUCAGGUGCGGAGUUCUUAAAGUUUGGUUGGGGAAAAACGAGGCAUCGAAGAGGUUUAAGAUUUGUCAGAGAUGCAAACAUUAAAGAUACAGAUCUGACACCACCACAAACUAGACCACAAUUUGAAUGCGCCGACGGAGUUUUAGCAGUACUUUUAAAACACGCUGAUGUCAUCAACACCCAAAUUUAUGGACUACAGGGGGAACUGCUCCACUUACCCCAGUUAGAAGUUUUCUGUGGUGUCACCAUCAAGCCUACACCCACACAUCUCCACCUGCUGUUCAACUAUGACUCCUGUUAUGUUAAAAAAGAGGAAGCUGCACAUGUUUUGUCUCUUAGCUGGUAUGGGACAGAUUUUGUCCUCCCCUGUCCUGUUCAUGUUCCUCCUUCAGUCAGAUGCAAGAAUGGUGCCAUGGAAAUGACUGUUGUUCAUGGGACUGCAGAAGUGCUGUCAGUUGCAUUAAAUGAAAAAUGGGUACCAUUGCUUGAUGUGGCUGCUAACUGCUGGCGAAGAGAGCAUUCUAACAAGCGAAGGCACACUUUCUCCAUUCCAUAUUCAAGCUGUGGGGUCCAUUUCAGGGAUGGUCGCCACGUUCUGCAUUUGAAAUCUGAAGACAAGUUGAUAGUGCUGUCAUGUCCAUAUGAUCCAGUUUUUCCUGUCCAAUACUCGAGUCACCCUGGGCCAAGAGGAUUUCAUCCCAAAGCUCUAAGCAGUGAGGCUGUAAAGCAAGUGUAUGCAUUUGCUGCUGAGAACCAGGACACAAAUGCAGCUAGAACACUUUCUCUGCACCCCAGAUCUUAUUGGCUGCCUAAAAUGCCACCUUUGCCUGGCAAUUUUAAUCUGUCUGUAAGCUUCCCAUUUUCAGUUCCCUUACCAAAACAUGAGCGUUUCAGAGAACAACUGAUCUUUGUUCCAGACCCCACUCCAACCCCCACUCCGACCCCUACUCCAACCCCUACUCCUACCCCAUCCACUACAAGCUCUUACCAAGAAAUGUCAGACAUUAUUGAAAAUUACCAAUAUCCCAAUUAUGUCUCUUAUGAGCAGAUGGAACAGGAUCGUUUUGCUUUGGAUAACCUUCCUCCCUACAUGCGCUAUCCAUACAAGCAUCGUAGACCGAGUCAAGUAAAUUCUGUUCUUGCUAAUAUAGCACAGUAUCUUCCACCUGGGUAUUUCAUAUGCUCGAACAACGAUCAAGAACCACCAGUAUUCCCACCAACAUUUCCGCCUCCAAUUCGGAAUCCUGCUUUAAAAAAUCAAAAUCCGGGGAGCGUACAGUUUGCACCUGUUCCUGUGCUUCCCGUGAAUGGGUACACUGAUCGGCAAAUGACAGGGCCUUCUAGCGUAUAUGAUUCUAGUGCUUCAUUUUACCAGCCGAAUCGACGUUUCCAGUCUUCUCAGUACCAGCCAUACUUUUACCAGGGUAGUUAUCGGGGUUCCUCCACUGGUUCCUUAACUCCUAAUGCUCCGCUUAUUCCCGUAAAUCUGCAAUCUCAAGCAAGUUAUCCUGUUUACCCUGUUCCUCAAGAUGCAAGACCCUAUCAGACUGAUGGAGACCAAUCUCUAAAUUCAUAUCAGGGAUCGGUUUUCCAGACCUACCGGAGACGAUACCGGCCCAAUCAGUUGUCCAACUUUCCAAAUUCACCAAUGAAUCUUGAGGUAUUUUCAGGUGAUGUUUACACGGAUGGUGCUGAUUCUAUUCCUAAAGGUUUUUUCCAGGCACGGUCUAUUGCUCCAGAUCACAGUCACGGUUCACCCUUGCCACCAAGAAGAGGUGAAUAAUGUUGUCUGCUUUUGUUGAUCGAUAAAGCAAUUGUGUGAAAAAUAAGAGGUUGUGUAAGUCAAGCUUUUGAGCAGCCUAAUUAUGAUUUAAGAUCUUUAAUCCAUGUGUA